AUGGCUACAAACGAAGAAUUUAUAAGAACCCAAAUCUUUGGUACAGUAUUCGAAAUUACUAAUAGGUAUGCUGAUUUAAACCCUGUAGGCAUGGGUGCAUUCGGUUUGGUAUGUUCUGCAACUGAUACAUUAACUGCCCAACCUGUAGCAAUUAAAAAAAUUAUGAAGCCUUUCUCAACUGCGGUUUUAGCAAAAAGGACUUAUAGAGAAUUGAAAUUAUUGAAACAUCUAACCCAUGAAAAUUUAAUUUGUCUACAAGAUAUCUUCUUAUCUCCUUUGGAAGAUAUAUACUUUGUCACUGAAUUACAAGGUACAGACCUACACAGACUGCUACAAACAAGACCUUUGGAAAAACAAUUCGUUCAAUAUUUUUUAUAUCAAAUCUUAAGAGGUUUAAAAUACGUCCAUUCAGCAGGUGUAAUACAUAGAGAUUUGAAACCAAGUAAUAUCUUAAUUAAUGAAAAUUGUGAUUUGAAAAUUUGUGAUUUCGGUUUAGCAAGAAUCCAAGACCCUCAAAUGACAGGUUAUGUCUCAACAAGAUACUAUAGAGCUCCUGAAAUCAUGUUGACUUGGCAAAAAUACGACGUAGAGGUAGAUAUUUGGUCAGCUGGUUGUAUCUUCGCAGAAAUGAUUGAAGGUAAACCUUUAUUCCCUGGUAAGGACCAUGUUCAUCAGUUCUCUAUUAUUACAGAUUUGUUAGGUUCCCCUCCUAGUGAUGUGAUCAACACUAUCUGUUCUGAAAAUACCCUUAAAUUUGUGACAUCUUUGCCUCACAGAGAUCCAGUUCCUUUCUCAGAAAGAUUUAAAGCAGUUGAACCUGAGGCGGUAGACUUAUUAGAGAAAAUGUUGGUAUUUGAUCCAAAGAAAAGAAUUACAGCUGCCGAUGUAUUGGUCCAUCCAUAUUUGUCACCUUAUCAUGAUCCAACUGAUGAACCAGUAGCAGAAGCCAAAUUCGACUGGCAUUUUAAUGACGCUGAUUUACCAGUAGAUACAUGGCGUGUAAUGAUGUAUUCUGAAAUUUUAGAUUUCCAUAAAAUUGGUGGAACUGACGGCCAAAUCGAUACAAGUGCCACUUUUGAUGAUCAAGUUGCCGCAGCAACUGCGGCUGCUGCUCAAGCUCAAGCUCAAGCUGAAGCCCAAAAUCAAAAUCUAACACAGACACAAGCAUCGUUGGAUGCUUUGACUAACGAUCCAAAUUUUACCGCUUUGGAUGAAACUAUAUCAAAUUAUGGAGAUCAAGCUAUACAAUACGCAAAUGAAUUCCAACAACAGCAUUAG